AGGAAAAUGUUAACAUGCUCAACACAAAAAUAAAACAUACAAAAUAAAAUGCGUUAGUUACAUUAUCAUUACAAGAGCUCCGCCUAGUGGUCAAAUAAUAACAUUUCACCAACUGUUACAUAAAAUAAAGUGUCUUGUAGUGCUACUUUAGUUCAUUUCUUUCUUUAUGUGGAGGAGGAUGGUCUCCUCUCUAGGUGCUGAAGUCAGCAGUGCGCUAGAUGGCACCACCAGAGGCCUGAAGAGAUAAAAGAAGUGGCAACACAAAAGGAUGUUUUGACAAAGAGACGAGAGCAGAGCAAAGGAAGAAUCUGGCCUAAAAGCUCAGAACCUCUUGUUUCUUCUGAUUUGAAGGCACCAUGAACAACACAGCAAACCUGACCUCUCAUCAAGAUUUGUGGCGCAAUGUGACGAUUGGAAACACCACCUGGGUUUACCGUCCUGCUGUGAACUCUGCUCUUAAUGAUGCCAUUUCAGCAGUGGUUAUAAUCAUAAUCAUCAUCAACAUGGUUUCACUUGGAUGCACCAUGGAGGUGUCUAAGAUCAAGUAUCACCUCAUGAAACCUAAGGGGGUGGCUAUUGCAGUUGUGUCCCAGUAUGUGAUCAUGCCUCUUACAGCCUUUUGCUUGGCUAAGGGGUUCCAGUUGAGUGAUAUAACAGCUGUGAGUGUUCUGGUCUGUGGCUACUGUCCUGGAGGACAGUUCUCCAACACAUUGACUCUGGCACUAAAGGGGGACAUCAACCUCAGCAUCGUGAUGACUUCCUGCUCCAUGUUGUUGGCUAUGGGUAUGAUGCCUCUCCUGCUCUACAUCUACUGCAAGGGUUUCCCCAGUGUGCGGAACGCUGUCCCGUAUGUUCAAAUCAUCUUAUCGUUGGUCUUGACCCUUGUCCCGUGUGGCAUCGGCAUCCUCAUCAACACCUACAGGCCGCAGUAUUCAAAGAGGGUCACAAAGGUUUGUGAAGAGAAUGAAGGUCAGACAGAUCACUAGAACUGAUUAACAGUGUUGAUUAAUCAGUUGGUGCAGGGAUGGCAAAUAAAGACUUUAAUAACUGAUAUUUGUUAUAUUGUUUAACAAAAAACAAAAGACAACAGAAAACCUCACCUUCAGCACACUCCAGACAUCAGUCUUAACACUUUAAUGAAGCUUUGCUGUGCUGUGUUUGUAGUGUGUUUGUGUUUGUGUUUGUGUUUACUUCAACAGAAACAGACAUUUGCAAUUUAUGUGCACACAGCAUGU